AUGACCUCGACCACCAUUACACGCGAAAAUGUCACCACCCUCUUCCCCGAAGUCCACACCCGCCUGAUAGGCGCCGACAUAGCUCCCAAUGCAAGUCCUGACACCAACGGCACGACGGCCGCGCCCUCGGACGACCUCGCCGGAUACGACGAAGAACAGAUCCGGCUGAUGGACGAAGUAUGCAUUGUGCUCGACCAAAACGACAUGCCCAUUGGGUCUGCGUCCAAGAAAGCCUGCCAUCUAAUGACCAACAUCAACCAAGGACUUUUGCACCGCGCAUUUUCCGCCUUCCUGUUUGACCCACAGACCAAGAAACUGCUGCUGCAACAGCGGGCCAGCGAAAAGAUCACCUUCCCGGACAUGUGGACGAACACAUGCUGCUCACACCCGCUCGCCCACCCCAGCGAGACCGGCAACGGCGACCUGGCCAGCAACGUCGAGGGCGCGAAACGCGCCGCGCAACGCAAACUGGGCCACGAGCUCGGCAUCCAGGCGUCCCAGGUCCCCGUCUCGGCCUUCGAUUUCCUUGGCCGCAUCCACUACCUGGCGCCCUCGGACGGAAAAUGGGGCGAGCAUGAGAUUGACUAUAUCCUGUUCAUCGAGGCCGACGUGACACUGGACAUCAACAAGAAUGAAGUCCAGGACACCCGGUGGGUCAGCCCGGCCGAGCUCAGACAGAUGUUCAAGGACGUCGAGUCGCAGUCAGGCAAUGACAAGGCCCUCAAGUACACACCGUGGUUCCGCCUGAUUUGCGAGGGCAUGUUGUUCGACUGGUGGGACAAGUUGAUCCAAGGUCGCCUGAGCGAGGUUGCCGGCGAGACCGAGAUUCGGAGGAUGUAA